AUGGACAGGGAUGAGGCACCCGCGGCAACCUCUCUUCUGUAUCUAACAUCGCUGGUUGAUGAAUCUUUUGAGACAUCUUCGUUUAGACCAUAUUGCUAUUUGUUAGAAAUAGAUAAUACGAAAAUUCUUCUUGACGGCGGUGUUAGCAUUUCCUCGAGCGGGGUAGUUCUCGGCUCGACCCUUCAAUCCUUUAAAACCCUUUUGAAAGAUGUUUCUCUUGUACUUUGUUCCCAUGCUUCCGUGGAAUUUAUAGGCGGUCUACCAUUAAUUUUGCCGAUGCUUCCAGCCAGCGCCCCUAUCUAUAUGACCCUAGCCACCCAAUGUAUGGCCAGAAUACUGUUUUCCGACCUUCAAUCAUCAAUUUUUGUCAAAGAGCAUGAUGAAAAAAAAGACGAAAACGAGCCUGCAUCUUUGGUGAGAGUAUCACACUCGCAAUUGUAUCCUCCACAUGCCAUUGAGCAUUUGUUUAAGCGAAUUGUAACUCUACGAUAUUCUCAAUCUUUUACCAUUGAGAACAUCAUCAUAUCUCCAUUUGCAGCAGGGGCGUCGCUUGGCGGUGCAUAUUGGCGCAUUAGAAAGGGAACCGAUGACAUCAUUUAUGCGGUUGGCAUCAGCACUAAAAGAGAAAGGAAAUCAAGAGAUACAGAAUUGGUUGAAAUGAUCUCUUUACAUCUGAAAGCAAAUCCGUCUGGAGAUAUCCUUGUCAUUUGCCCGGCCGUGGGGAAAACGUUGGAGUUGAUUUUGCUGCUUGAUGCGUACUGGCAGCUUUCAAAAGCCCCUGCUCAAUUGAUCAUCACUGGCGUGGAGGCUUGCCGUCUUAUUGAUUUUGCUCAAAGCAUGCUGGAAUGGAUGGGCGAUUCCGUUUUAAAGGCAUUUAGCACGACGAGGGAAAAUCCCUUUGCCCUCAAACAUGCCAAGUAUGUCAGGGAGUUAGAUCCUAAAGACCCAUAUGAUAAAAGUAGAAGGGUUGUUCUGCUAGCCACUGCGGAUGAGCAUCUGCAGUGCUCUUCAUCUUAUGGGCGCCAACUGUUCAUGGAGCAAUUCUCUAAAAAUCCGAAAAGCUUUGUAAUUUUUACAAACAACAAC